CAGAGUCAGCAGCAGCAGCAUGAUGAGGAUGAGGAUGAGGAUGAUGAGGAUCGCCCUGCUGCUGGUUUUGGCUCUGACAGGAGUCUGUAAUGGAAUCCUCCCUGAGAUCGUGAACUCAGGCGUCAGCCACAUCCUGGAGGAUCACACGCAGCACAGCCGCGACUACGUGGAAGUGAAACCACAGCUGCCACGGGGUCCACGGCUGCUGCCACAGGAUCCACAGCUGCUGCCACAGGAUCCACAGGAUCCACAGCUGCUGCCACAGGAUCCACUGCUGCCACAGGAUCCACAGGAUCCACAGCUGCUGCCACAGGAUCCACAGCUGCUGCCACAGGAUCCACAGCUGCUGCCACAGGAUCCCGAGGAUGCAUCGAACCAGGAGAGCAACAACAUCAGCAGCAGCAGCAGCAGCAGUGAGGUGGGCAACAGCAUCGACCACAGAUGCGUCGACGACGACGACUGCGGGAAAACCAGAUACUGUGUGAAAGCCCCGCUCAGCUCCAGGUGCACGCCCUGCAAAGCAACGGAUGUGGUAAAGUGGAGCCAUGUUACCUUUUUUAUGUGGACUAUUAUGGGAUUACUGCUCUCACUGUAGCUCCCUGACUCACACACACACACACAGACUCACACUGGCAUCAGCAGCAGCAGCAGCUGCGGUUUUCUCUUCAGCUGCAUUGCAGUGAGUCUCCAAGUGUAACCGGAGUGUGUUUCUGUCCUGUGAGCGCUCACAUGAAAGAGGAAACUCAUAUCAAGGUUAAAUAAGAGCUCCUUUGUCUCCCUCGUGUCUUAAAAACAUGAAUUAAGAGGUGCCGGUUUUAUUUUAGGAUGAAGAGCAGAGUAAAAGCCGAUGUUGGCCGCGCACCAAAGCUGCAGCGAGCUGGGAUCAUAGAGGACAGGAUCUGUGACGCUGCUCUGACCACAGAUUCCCUGCAGGACUUCCUGUAACUUUCCUGCUGUCAGAGACCAUUUGACACGUCAAUCUCAUUCAUAUUUGAGCAGAUUUUCCCCUGAGAGUUGAGUUAUUGUGCGUUGGUGUCGUCUGGGGCCUCAUAUUUACUGUAAAUAUACAGAAGAUAUGAUUUUACUUAAAUAAUUCAUCAAAACAUAUUCUUUGUACGAGAGGAGGGAAAUAAAACAUAAUGUCUCACUUUGUUAUUCACAUACUGGCCACAUUAUUAGGUACAGGUGUGGUUUUUGGAUGAGUCGUCUUCUGCAGACCUUGGUGGUAACCCGUGGUAACUUGAGUCACUGUUGUCUUAAAGCUCAUUCUCCACUGACGUCAAACAGGUCACUCUCUCUUCUCUGUAAACUUUAGAGACUCUGU